AUGGCUGGCAACUCUUGGACCGUCGAGGCCGAGAAGGCCCUCUUGCUCUCCAUCCUCACUACUGCCAACAGCGGUGCUGGCAUAAAGCCUGACUGGGCUAACGUCGCUCGCCGCAUGAACCGCCUCGGCUACAGCUACACCGUCGCGGCCCUCAGUCAGCGCUUCUCGAAGUCUCUGUUCAAGCCUUUCAACGAGCAGAUGGACGCGACCGCCGACAUGCCUGCCACACCGGCUCCGGUUCCUUCUUCCCGCAAGCGUGCUGCCCCCGGCUCCGGCACCAGAGCGGCUAGAAUCUCCAUUGCCGGUGGUUCUGGUGCGGCCCAGGCUGCCAACGAGAUGGCUUGGCUUGCCAUUUCGGCUGACGAUGGCGUUGACGAUGCUGAGUCCGACAUGGAGGACUCAAAGAAGCGUGUCAAGAUCUUUCACGAAGGUCUUGUUGCUGCUCUUCAUGGCCAGCAUAUUGAUCUCACUGGCAACGAUACCGAUGCCAAUAUGGAGAACGCCGCUCCUGUCUCUGGUCUUAUCGGUCAGCCGGUUGACCUCACCGGUGACCACCAGGUCGAGUUCAAGUUCGAGGGCAAUGGCACCAUGCCCUCUUUCAUUCGUGCUGCCCGCUCGCGCAGCUUGACCAUCAACGACGCCCCUGCCGCCGAGUCCCGCUUCAAGCUCAGAGACAACUUCAACGGCUGGGAACUCGAGAAGCGUGUCUGGACCGCCUGCGUGAACGGUCGCAAGUAUCUCAUGGCGAUCAACGCGCGCAAGGCAGCCGAGAAGGAGGAGGCUGCUGCUAAGGCUGCCGCUGAGGCUACUGAGGCUGCGGCCCAGGCUGCGAACGCGAUGGUCUUGGAUUAA